UAUAAUGAAACCAAUACACUACACUAGCCAUAUAUAUUGAAAAAAAUGAUGAUGAAUAGUAAUAAAAAUAGAGUUAUUGUGAAGGUGAGUUGCAUAUGCAUAGUAGUGGUGUUAUCAUGCAUGGUGACUGGUGCAGGGUGCGCCGCACUGCCAUGUUCGAUGGUGCAGAAUAUGGUGGCGCCUUGCGCAUCGUUUUUGAAAGGCACAGGCAGUAAGCCUCCAGUUGGGUGCUGCAAUAGCCUCAAAAGUCUAAAGCAAAAGGUUGGGAAUGCCGCCGGUGACCGUCGCAGUGCUUGUUUUUGCUUAAAAAAGGCUAUUUUUCGUAGUCUUAAGAAAGAUCGUCUCCCACACCUCAAUGACCAAUGUCAACUCAACCUUCCUCGCACAAUAUCAAUCUCUGUCAACUUCAACUGCAACAGCAUUAAGUAAUUAAUUAAACUCAACAAGCAGCAAUGUACUUUCAGUUUCAGCCAAGAUAUGUGAUGCAAGCAAUAAUAAGUGAAUAGAAUUUUGUUGUAUCUAUUCUUCAUCUCUCUUAUGCCUUACCAAUAAACAAUGACAAUUUAUAUAAAAACAUUAAUUAUAAAAAAUGUUUGUCUAUUUUUAAUGGUAAGACAUAGUAGAGUCAGAAAAAAAUAGAAACAACAAAUUUUAAUUCAUAAAAUGUGUAUUACAUAUAUAGCUCAGCUAUAUUAGUUUGUUUCUCAAUGAUUCAAUGAUGAGUUUUUAGUAUUGUACUUAUAUAAAUAUA